GUAGCCAUGAUGCGUUCCUUUUACGCUAGGUCACAGCUGGGGUCGGCUGCACUCCGCCGAAAAACCGUGAAAAUGUCUAGCCUCCGUUACGUGCAUUUAUUUAUUCGGUGGAGUGAUGUGGAAAAGACCAGAGAGUGUGCCCCUCGGCCGCGUGUGGAUGAGGUUUAGGGGCAAGGAAAACCCCGGGAAGCCUGCGAGAAUGUACCAAAUCCGAGAUCUAGAAGAGCAGUACAAGGAGGCUUGCCUGGAUAUGAUGCAGCACACCUUCAUCAACGACGAGCCCACCUCGCAGGUGCUGGGUGUAAAAGACGACCUCGUAUCCAUGGCGGAGAUCCGCGCCAACUGGGAGAACAUCCUGCGGCAGAAAGUCAGCCUUGCGGUCUUCGAGGAGCGGGACGGGGAACCGGCUGACCUGGUGGCUUUUAAUAUGGUUAUCGUGAAGAGUAAGCAGGACCCAGAUGAUAAUAUAGAGUUCAAAGGCGUGGCGUGGCUGAAGCUGCUCAAGAUGUUCUCUGUGGUGGAGGGUAUGGUGGACGUCUUUGCGCACUACGGCGUCGACCGCUACGUCACCUCCAGCGGCAUGACCGUGCUGCCCGCACACCGCGGACAGAACAUCGGCGCGCGGCUCUUGGAGGCCAGGUAUGAGCUGUGCAAGGCGUUUAACAUCCGAGUAGCCGCCACGAUCUUCACCGCGACUACCUCCCAGGCUCUGGCGCGGAAAGUCAACUACGAGGUGUUGGCCACCCUGGACUACGCCGACAUGAAGCAACAUGGCGUCGACCUCACCGGCUGCACCACCCCCUGUGCGUUAUACAUGGGCAUCAAAUAUGACAUCGACAACACGUAACAUCUAGAACGACUGUCUGCGUAAGGUUCAAGCUAUUCCUACGUGCGGAUUCUAUUUUUUAUAAUACGUCUAUGGCGUCAAUGUUGCCAACUUUAAAAUAUCGAAACCUCUGUGGCAUAUCUGCUUUAAAUGGACCUUAUAUUAUUUUUGAUGGGACAGAGUGGUAGGUUUUCACGGGCACAGAAACAUACCACUUUAGCCUAUCAGAAUAUCUAGCGUUAGUCUUUGUCGUUGUAUGUCUCGUACAUACUGUGAUAUAAGAUUUUUCGUCUAGAUACGUGUCAUCUUUGUAGCAUUAAACUGACAUGCAUUAGAGAGAUCGAUAGUACACAUAAAAAAAACUUUCCUACGCACACCGUUAUAACCGAAAUAUUUUAAUUUUUAUUGUUGGUUUGCCUUUCUAUUUUUUUAUU